CCAUUGAUUCCAAAAGAGCAAAAACAGCCAAUAGGAGUUGGUGACCGUGCAGAAUGGGCAACGGCUGUUCGACCAAUUGCGUGUCGCGAAAAUCUAGCACCAAAUUUGUAUUUUUGGACACGAGCUACUAUCUCUACCGAGUUUGGUUCAGUUAACAAAGAUGAUGGACGCACUGUCAGUGGUGAGCCAGCUGCGGGACCUGGCUUCAGAACCGCAGAACCGAGAGGUGAUAGUCCAGGACCAAGGCUGUCUGCCCGGGCUGGUUCUCUUCCUCGACCACCGGGACUCCGAGGUUCUGCUCGCAACGCUGCAGACCUUGCGUUACUUGGCUGAGUUGCCUCCCAACAUUCCCACCAUGAAGAAUGAACUGGGUAUGAUGGUGAGCUUGGAGAAUCUCAUGGGACGGGAGGGCCUGUCUGUUGACAUUACAGCUUUGGCUCAGGAGGUGUAUGAUAUUCUGCGUACACCUGCUAAUCCUGUGCCCCGCACACCUGAGAGGGAGAGGAGAAAGAAAUCCCAGUUCUUUAUCAACUCGUCCAACAAGAAGGCCAAGUCUGUCACUCUGCACAUCCAGGGGCUGGACAGCACUGACCAGCGAGGUUUGUGUGAGGAGGCUCUUCUGAAGGUCAGAGGAGUGAUCAGCUUCACUUUCCAGAUGGCCUCCAAGAGGUGCACUGUCCGUAUCCGCUCUGACCUGCCCACUGAGAGUCUUGCAUCAGCCAUCGCUGCCACUAAGGUGCUGUCAGCUCAGCAGGUGGUGAAGAAUGAAGCAGGAGAAGAGGUUUUGAUUCCUCUGAAUCCAUCUGGAGUGAAGGUGCAGGAAAACUCAGUUCUACCAGACUACCUCCCGGAGGAAGAGGAGAGCCCAGAGAGGGAAGUGGACCGUGCCAUUUCCCGCACUACAGCUAAAGAGGAUUCCAGUGGGAGCUGGCUCAACGCUGCCGCCAGUUUCCUCACAAAAACCUUCUACUGGUGAAACCGGAGCGGUUUGAUUCCCUGAGACUCAGUGUCACAGAGUUGUGCUAAACAGUCUGCUCCCUACUGCUGCGUAUGUUACUGGAGUGGACAUUACUGGAUGUGAGCACACCACAGGACUACAUCCUGGUGUGUGCAUGGUCAGAACUUCAUUAACUUGCUAUCAAUUCCUGUGAGUAACUUCAAACAUCAGCAUACUCAAAAGCACUUCAGAUUUUAGUGUCAAGAUCUGUUCUACUUUGAACUGAAUGGAGACCUGCACACUUGAAAAACAUCCUUUUUUAAUGUAAAAUAAAUAUGCUGUUUUCUAUCCACUUUCUUCAUUAAGUGUAAAUAUUUUAAUCCAUAUCUGUUUCUCCUUGUGGUUUUUCCAAACUGUCCACAUUCUCCCUACAUGUAAAAUAUGCCACUUUUCUGUAAUAGUUGGAAACAUUCCUGUGUGUGUUCUGUUCGUUGGUAGUUGUAUUGAUGUAUGAUAAAAUAAAUGUACAAAAUGUUACUA